UACGUUGCGACUUGAUCGGAAAAAACCAGUUUAAAUUCUGACCUCGAUAUUAGUAAUUAGUAUUGGUGGGAAGAGGACGUAGUUAUUUUGGUUCGUUUUGUGUUUUAGACUCACAUCCGUUCACGAAUAGUAGUUCGCGCCGCGAACUACGUCAUCACUCGACAAGUGUCUUAUAUUUAAACAAUGAAAUUAGACUUUGUUCCCACUAGGUAAGGUUGAGAUUGGAACGGGAGUAUUUUGCCGAAGGGGUGACUCGAAGGGCGAGGGGUAUCGACCGUUGUGCGUCUCGCUCAGACGGUGAACGCGCGCCGGCAAUGCCACACGCGCCACGCAAAACAUGUCCACGCCGCUACCGAAAUGUGCUGGCGUCAGGUCUCAAAACUACAAAAGUCUGUGCUCAUAGUGCUUUUCUACUUUACCGUGUACGUUCUCGUGUCGUAUUCCAUGUCCCCGGAUACUGAUUUCGCGUUUGUAAGCGACGAUUUGCGUGUUGGGGAUAAAUAUGCGUUGAUUUAUCUCGUAGCGCCUCGGAGUCCUGUUUUUACCGACGCGGAGGGAGCGAAUGUUUUCAAAAGUCGUCGCUGCGGACAGUGUUUCAUCACUAAUAACAGAGGAUUUUUGCCGAUGAGCGAGUACGAUGCUAUACUUGUGCUCGGAGACCGCAGCUUGCUUUACGAAACUUCGGCUUUCAUGGACCCUGGGAAGAGGUUUCUGAUAGAAACGAGUAGGAAGUGCGUUAAGGAGAAGCUCAGAGGAUGCAGCUGGGAACCUAGGAUCACCUCAUUCGGAGACAACAAGCCAUACGAUCUGUGCAGUCUCUGCGAGCAUCUACAUAGAAAGCGCCUUAAACCAAACAGUUAGAAUCUGUUCAUGUGAUAAUAGGUAAACUAAUUAAUUUUAGGCUCAAACAGAUGCCUUGCUAGGGUAGUCAGGUUGCCGCCUGCCAAAAUAUUCAAGUUUUCUAAAAUAUACCUAGUUAUAUCUCAAAAGUUUUACAAUGGUGCUUAGUUCUCAAAAUUGUACUGAAUCUGGGCUGAAAUCUUGGUUUUUAAUCUUUGAUGUGCAACGAAAAUAUACUAAAGAUAUUCCUAAAAUGAACCUUAACACAAGGUCGUAAAAUCUAUCAAUGGUCACUUAAGUAGGUACUUACUAUGUAUUAGGUUGUACUUUUUCUUUGACGUCCGUACAUUCUUAGCGCAAUUUUGUAACCCGGUUAGAAUUAAGUGAUUCGAUUUUCAAAUAACAACGUAUUUACAUUCCAAUUACAAUAAAUCUGGCCAUGUGUUCCAUUGUUAAAACACCUGUAUUUAUUUAUGGCACGAACGAUUUUUUUCAAAAUUCUGGGAUUUUGCCAAAUACUAAGUACUAUUUUUGUCUGAAUAGCGAUUUUAAGUGAAUCUGGCAUUUGAUUAACCCAGAUUUUUAGGUUAUGUUGAAAUGUUCUCAGACCUACAAUUUGUAGGUAAGGUAAAUGCACCUAUAAAGUAUCAAUUGAACUAAUUAUGAAUGGUAUUUUUAAUACCGAUCUUAAAUUGUGCCAAUUUAAGUCUCAACAGUUAUCGACAAUUGACCUAUGAAUAUUCCAUUCAAUACAGAUGUAAUCGUAACGGCACGUACUUAAUUGUACCUACCUAUUUAUUACAUGCUAUUGGUACCAAUACCAAUUGAGUUUAUUUGCCAAAUCAAAGACGUCAGUACCUAACAACUACAUAAUUAGGUAUAUUGAUUUCAAUUACUUAAUGAAAAUACGUAUUGUUAUGUCUCAUUCUAUCGAUUGCAUUGCAAUUAAUUUAAAUACAUUACGCUAUCAGACUUAGGUAUCGGAUUAGUUUUUUUUUAUUGCUGGCCAAGAACACAAAUACUGAUUGUUUAAAAAUAACAAUCCAAAUAAUAUGUGUUGUGUCUCUGUGGCAGGGAUGUCACGAAUGUCGCAUUCUUCAUAUUCGCGAAUGUCCAGGAUGCGAAUGUCCGAAUGCGUAUACAAAUGUUAGGGAAUGUUGUUUUGUUAUUAUCAUUCCUAAUUAGAAAAAAAUCUUAUAAAGUGUUGCGAAAUGCUGUCUACUGGUCAAAAUGCAUUACCUACUUGGAACUCUUGGAAGCAGUUUGCGCGCACUGCCCAUACGCGAGUCGACGAGACAGGACACGACCUGCGCACAUUCGCAUUCGCAAAACAUUCGCUGCACUUGAUGAGAAUGCGAACGUCGAUGCGAAUGUUUAAAAUGAUGAGAAUAUUCGUAUAUACGAAUGCGAAUAUUCGUGACAUUCCUACUCUGUAUGUAUUAAAAUAUAGAUUUCCUUCAUGUAUUUAUAGAACGAACAAAAUUGAUUCGACAUGGUAGUUAAUGUCAUUUCAAGAAUAGGUAUAGCGAAUUGUAACAAAAAAUGUACGAAGCAAUUUCUCAAAGUCACUGGUUGCAAAUUAACCACAACUCUUAGAACAGAAAUAGUACAAUGGGUAUUUUAAGUAAGUACAUAAUACAAUAGGUAAAGUGUGAAUACCAAUAGGGUCGAUAUUUUAAGAAUUCAUUUGAUAUAUUAUUUAAAAUCAUGUUGUAUCCAGUCUAUAUUGAUUGUACACGUUUUUUGUUUUAUAUAAAAUCAUUGCGUCUCUUCUUUAAUGAGAUAUUAAUAAAGGACGUAGAUACUAUAAUUUUCUUGAACUUAUGAAGGGUAUGUUAGCUGGAUCUUUGUUAUGUUGUAUUAGUUAUAAGAAAUAGCCAUUAUAUUUAAUUGUGUGUGGGGUCCAAGUAUGCUUGAAGACAAGGUUAUGUAACACCUGUAGAUAUAAGGAAAAAAGCUGAAUAAAAAGCCAAAUAAAAUCAUUUUAACUUAAAAGUAUGUUCGUCUAGUCAUUAAUUUUGGAAAGGCGAUGGAUUUUGGGUAUUUAUGCGAACAGUUUUGUAAUGGACAAAUGUGUAAUAUAAACAUUAAAAUAUACGCCCAUUUAUUAUAAGGAAAUAUAAAUCUUGGCAAUCCUGUAAAAUUAAAUGUCAAAGUUAGGCAAAUUACAGCAAGAGCUAGGCCGCAAGUUUAAAAUACUCCAUAAUAGAAUGCGCUAUGAGCAUUUAUGCCUCGCGUAACCAUAGUAACCCACCUACACUGUGUCAUUAAUAUUAUAACUUUCCUUAAAUAGACUUCUAUUAUAACUAGACAAUAAUCAAUAUUAAAUAACAUUCAGAAGCUUUUGCAGCUUUUACAGUUAUUACUGUAACGUGUAAACAAUAUGCUAAUGUUCCUAUUAUUAAGAUAAUAAUUGUUAAUACAGUAAAUUUCAAAUACCAGCUCAGAAAUCUAAAAUUUCAUACCGUCACUCGAAUCAAAAAUAUUUAAAAUGAAUUAUCACAUAUUAUCUAAAAUUAUAUGUUUUAAUCGUUUAAACGCUUAGCUUAUGUCAUAGAUUAUAUCGCUCGAUUAUUAUGAGUAUGACUAGUAUAGUUCGUGUCAUCCACGAUGACGCGCAGAUUUAUCAAAUCUAACCUUUAAUAAUAUGAUAAUACGAGCCAAGGCACGCGUCUUCGUGAAUGACACGAUCUUUAUCCGUCGGAGCUAUCUUUGCAUCGAUUUGAACAAAGUAAAGAUUAUUAUAAUCGUCAUAUUUUCAUAGGAAUUUGACAUUAAUGAAGACUUGCCGCACUUUAUCAUUACAAAUGCCGUGCGGAGUUAGCAUGGUCCGACAAGCACGAACAGGCCAAUCCCAUAAAUAUAAUGUGAUACUGAUCUAACAUGGAUCUGACGUUAUUCCAAUAUGAGAUGGUUCCAAGCUAUAGAGGACCUGCUGAAUUACGCAUUAUGUCAACUUUCAACCAAAAACGUCACUUUUGACACUGACAGGUCUGUAUCAGAUCAGUAUCAUAUUGGAAUGAGAUUUAAUAACUAAAACUCCAAUUGGCCUGGUAGUGCGGAGAGCAAAAUGAGCGAAAUAGAUAACCUUUUUAAGUCAAAUGUCAAGAUUUUAUUUACACCGCCUUAUCUCUGUGAAAUAUGAUUACAUACCUUAUUAAUUACCCACAUGGUGAUAAAUGUGAUAUUAAUCACGAAGCCUCUUAUCUCAGACUGCGUUUCCACUAAAGAUGUGGGAGGAUGCCAAUAGAAAAUUGCCGACGAGAGCUGCGCUGAGCGAGAAUUAUUUGUUUAUUUAUUUAUUUGUUUAUUAGGAUCACCAACAGAAGAUACAAUUCACAUACUAUAAUUUACAUACUAAAAGAGCACAUUUAUAAUUGAUCCCCCAUUUAAAGGCAAUCACAGCAUGCAUUAUUUAAGUUAAGAUUCAGAAUAAGACCUUAAUAUAAAUAUAAAGGUCUUAUUCUGAAUCUUAACUUAAAAUUCAGAAUAAGACCUUUAUAUUUAUAUUAAGAAAUAUAGAAUAUAUGAAUGAAGUGAUUCUAUUGGUUCUUAAUAAACACAUCCCUCGCUAUUGUAUCCUCAUACGUUUCUGAUGGAAACGUAGCGUAAUGGAACAACAACUUUAGAUAUUUUUAAUAAUAUUUUUAGAUAUUUAUUUAUAUAUUUUUAAAUUUCAAAUCCAUAUAUACCUACUUCUCGCGUCGAAUGAUGGUCUCUAUGAUAUAAAUAGACAUUAACAAUUUUUUUUUUCAUUAAAUUUCACAGAGAAGAGGUUUAAAAGGCAACUUGAAAACGACAGUUUUUCAGCUUAAUUCGAAUAAACAAUAUUUCACAUCUUGUAUGAAGUCUUUCAAAACAAACAAAACGAAUACAUACAUACUAACAUUUUAUGAAAGUUGAUUAGUAAAUGAUUAGUUUUAGAUUUUUUUAAGUAGAAUUUCUAAUGUUUUUAGAUGGAAGUACACACAGUCAUAUUAAUUUGCAAUGUUCAUUUCUGGUCUGAACUUAAAAAAAGUAAUUUUUUUGUUAAUAUUAAUAUUAAAAUGACAUACUUAAUAAAGGUUGUAAAACUUGUAAAGAUAUUUUUCAAUGAAUACCUAUGUAAAAUAGUUUUGAGUCCUAUGUGACAUGUCUAGUAAGCCACAUAAAUGUUUGAUGUAAGUUCAUAAAUAAAAUGAUAUUAAUUAAAUUUGUUAUAUAACAA